CUGGAUCGACUCUAUCCCACGUCGGAAGUACCGACCAGGUGCUGCAGCUCCUUCCUCCUCUGCUCUCGUCUCUCCGGCUGCUGUCGCUGAGAAAACCGCAGCGAACUGCAGCAAUGUCCGUCCAGUAAGAGCUCCGUGCUGUUCCUCUCUGAGCUGCCGGCUUGCAUGGCUCUCGCUCGGCCGGCUGGACAAUAGACAGCCCGCCUUCCCGCUGCAGCAGCAGAGGCUUCUCUCCCUCCAGCCGUGGGAGCUUCCAGUGUUCCUGUCCGGGAUUCCUGCAGCACUCUCCGUGGCGCCAGAUGGCUGGACACGGGUGGGAAGACUGGUUCGAGCGGGAAGAAUUUAUUGGACAGAUCAGCGACAUCCGAGUGCAGAACCUGCAAGUUGAAAGGGAAGUGGUUCAGAAGAGGACCUUCACCCGAUGGAUGAACCUCCAUUUAGAAAAGUGUGACCCACCCAUUGAGAUCCAUGACCUUUUCCAGGAUAUACAGGAUGGGCGUAUCCUCAUGGCCCUGCUGGAGGAACUUUCAGGCUGCAAACUGCUUCAUGGGUUCAAGAAGUCUUCCCAUCGUAUUUUCAGACUCAAUAACAUCGCAAAGGUCCUGUCUUUCCUUGAGGAGAGAAAUGUAAAGCUGGUCAGCAUCGAUGCAGCUGAUGUUGCUGAUGGAAACUCCUCCAUUAUCCUGGGACUCAUCUGGAACAUUAUUCUUUUCUUCCAGAUUAAGGAACUGACUGGGAACAUCAGGAGCCAGUUCCCCUCUUCAUCCAGCCUAUCGUCCAUCCCCACCAGCUCUGACUCUGACACAUCCUACUGCAGCACACCGUCAGAUGAGAGACACUCGGCAUCCACGGCCAUACGGGAACACAGCAAAGCCAUCAAGAAGUUGCUGCAGUGGGUACAGAAGCGAACCCGAAAGUAUGGCGUGGCAGUGCAGGACUUUGGGAAGAGCUGGACAAGUGGUCUGGCCUUCCUGGCUGUCAUUAAAUCUAUUGAUCCCACCCUCGUAGACAUGAGGAGGGCCCUACUGAGAAGUGCCAGGGAGAAUUUGGAGGAUGCCUUCAGGAUAGCCCACUAUAGUCUGGGUAUACCACGACUCCUGGAACCUGAGGAUUUGACAAUUAACACACCAGAUGAACAGUCCAUCAUGACGUAUGUCUCACAGUUCCUGGAGCACUUCCCUGGCAAAGAGGAGUCAGAGCAACCCUCCCAGGUGAUUGAGCGAAGCAUCUCCAUGGGCCGACUCAACUUCCGUGACAGUGACUCUGACCACAUAAAGAAUGGCAGUCACCGGAGCAGAGUGAGGGAAAGGUCCUACAUGUUCCAGAAAGACUGUGCCCAGCACCCCCCAAAAAUCUUCAUUUCCUCUGUAUCAGAAGACAGAAGUGUAAUGUCACCAGCCUUCAGGAUGGCUGCAGCUCGGUCAUGGUCCAGUGAAGACUUUUUAUCAGAAUCCCCCAAAAUGGAGGACAUUUCCAGUCGUGCCCUUGAAGACACCAGGGAACCUGCCGGUCAGGUCUUUACCAACAUAGUCUCUGACUCCCCACAACUGUCUUACACUCACUCACCCACCUCCUCAUCAGUGGCCGAGUCUGUAAACACUGAAUCGGUCAUUGGUGACUCUGCAAUCAGCUCCCCAGACUCCUGGGUGGAGAGUGAGUUUGGGGUGGUACCAGUGAAAUUUUGUGAGAGCCGAAGUGACAGUUCUCUGUGUGACAGUGGGACAGCCUGGGAUGUGUACCGUGCCACCCCCGUGGAGGUAACUACACUUGAUGAAGGAUUUAUCCCAUCCAUAGAAGACAGAGCCACUGAUGAUCAGUCCAUGACUGAUUCAUAUACUGAUGAAGGUAUUUACUCACUAAGCUCAUUGGAGAGCACACAGGGCAGAAUCCAAGGGCAUUCUGACAAAAAGCAGGUGGAAGUACUGAAAGAUGAAGAGGUUAAUCGUGAGAACCACAAACAGGUCCUGGCAGUAGAACAUGGACCUAAUCAGGCUGAAACUGAGGUUGCAAACAAGAAAGACAGAGUUGAACAGAGAGAACACAUAAAUGCAGGUCAACAUCAAAAAGACAAAGUAUUGAAAGAGCAAGAACCUUUUUCUGGAUUGUGUGAUGCAGAAGUGCUGGCCAAAUCUGGUGCUGAAAAUGUCCUUAAAGAUGAUGUAUUGAAACCAUUCCAAUUAAACUCUGGUACCGACCUACCACUCUCUGGUGAUCCUGAAGAACUUGUGAAGCAGAACAGUGUGAUAAAGAGCAUUAACAGAGAAAUGGAAUGUUUAAAGCAAGAUGUGCAUUUCAUUACACAGGACCAUGAAGAAGAAAAUAUUGGUCAAACUGAAACUCUGAAAAAGAGAAAUAACUCAGAAGAGGUUGAAGUGGGAAUUGAACAGCAGAAAACGGAUUGUCCUUCAGAAGACAAAGGGAAGGGCUCAAGAAAUGAGUCACAAAUUUUGAAGAAAAUGAGUGAAGAGAGAGUAGAAAUCCAGGAUGAAGGAAAGGAUAUGGAUAAGGAACUUUUAAGAGACAAACCACCUGAGUCUCAAGAAAGCAAUAGAUUAGAAUCUUGUAUACCUAUAGAGAGCACACAUCCAACCAAACAAGAGGGAACAUCAAAAACAAGUCUGAGCCCAAGCAUGGACAUAAAUAUUCCUUUGAUAUCCAUUUCCACUGAGCCAGAAGAGCAGGAUCAAGAUGGAACACCUAACCAAGAAGGACAAGGACAUGCUGACAAUGAAGAUCUGGGUGAGCAAAGAAGGGUGGGAACUGACACAGAUGUCAACAGCCCUCGAAGUCCGGACAAACUGAGCUACGUCUCCACCGAAAAUGAAAGCAAAACCCCUGUUGAGAUUUCUUCUAACCCAGUAUCAGAAAAUGCUCAUCUAACACAAGUACCCUUGAAGCAUGCAAGGGAAGCAGAAAACAAGCUUUCACAUGAUACACAUGAAGAUAACAUCAGAUGUGUGCCAGAAACAGAGGGCAACAAGGAAAGAAGUGAUGCCAAACAGGAAUGCCAGUUUCCGCAUGAUGAUUUUCAGACAGCAAAGGACUUGAUUUCUCAAUCGUUUUCUACAAACAUGAACACUCAACUUAUAAAUGCUGAGCAGGACAUAGAUACAAGUGGUCCAUUGAAUGGGCACCAGGACAAACUGGCUGACACUUUUUCUGACAAUGAGACAGUCAACACACAGCAGAACACACUGGAUCCACUUAGCUUGAAACCACAGAGUAAGAUCGAGAUUUUGGUUUGUGAACCAGAUAGUAUGUCCAGAAACAUGGACUUGUUUUAUACAGACAUUGAUCGAAAUUCUCCUACAGAGGAUCUAGUCGGUGACCCUAUUGAACCCAUGGAUCUGUUCUACCCUGACAAAGAGGAGCCCGUGUUUACAGAGCCACCUGACACUGAAAUGCAGAGUUGGCCUUCUGUUUUGAGUGUAUCUCCACUCCAGCCAGCACCGGCCUCAGAGACUUCGCAGGGUGACCAACAACUUAACCUACUGGGUGAAGAUUGCAUGGAUGGAAGGAAUUUCAUACAAGAUCAGGAUAAAGUAAAUAUGAUUAAUAAGACCAACCAAGAGAGUGAAAAUGCAUCUGAAUCCCAGUGCUUGUUGCCUGGGGAGAAGAUAAGAAGACAUUUGGGUGAUGACGGCAGUGAUCUCAGUGAGGCUGAGGAAGAGAACCCGGACUCUGCCAGAGAAAGCACAGAGCCUGUGAGACAAAAUGAAAGCCAAAUCCCUCCAGUUCUCCGUCACAGAAAGCCGGCUCACUUGACUGAAUCCAUGGACAAUCAGAGAGCUGCGCCCAGAAAAGCUGACAAAGAUGAUUCUGAUUUAUGGUGGAGUGAGCACUUGGAGCUGUAUGUGUUGCUGCUGCUGUGGCUGCUGCUCUACUGUUUCUGGCUGCUGCCACAAAUGGACCUGAAAACACUGCCGAGCCUGCUGCUGAAUCUCCACAACUGAGUGCACACACACACACACACACACACACACGUACACACACACACGCACACAUACACACACACACACACACACACACACACACAUACACACACACA